GAAGACACCCCCUGGCCCGGUGGAUACCCCUUAAUCCGCGCCUCGCCCCCUUUUUUCCAUACCGCCUUUCGUCGGAGCAUCUCACGGCUCAUCCUCAUUCCGGCUUCGUAUCGGCUAAGCGCCCCGAGCGACUAUCAGCGACAAUGUCCACCAACGAGCGCUUCGACUGCCAUUACUGCAAAGACUCCCUGCUGGGGAAGAAGUACAUCAUGAAAGAGGACACACAGUACUGCACUAAGUGCUACGAGAGCCUGUUUGCCAACUGCUGCCAGAGCUGCGCCAAGCCCAUCGGCGCCAACUGCAAGGACUUGUCCUACAAGGACCGUCACUGGCACGAGGAAUGCUUCAAGUGCGCCAAGUGCAGCCGCUCCCUGGUGGAGAAGGCCUUCGCCGCCAAGGACGACCUGACGCUCUGCACCGAGUGCCACGCCAACGACUACUCGUCCAAAUGCACCACCUGCAAGAAGACAAUCAUGCCAGGUUCCCGCAAAAUGGAGUACAAAGGCAAUAGCUGGCACGAGACGUGCUUCCUGUGCCACCGUUGCCAGCAGCCCAUCGGAACUAAGUCCUUCAUCCCCAAAGAUAACGGCUACUUCUGCGUGGGCUGCUUCGAGAAGCAGUUUGCCUACCAGUGCUGCGCUUGUAAGAAGGCCAUCACUACGGGCGGCGUGACAUACCAGGAAAAGCCGUGGCACCGCGAGUGCUUCCUGUGCAUCGGCUGUAAGAAGCAGCUGACGGGUCAGCGUUUCACCUCCAAGGAAAACUACCCGUACUGCCUGGAAUGCUUCAGCCAGCUCUACGCCAAGAAGUGUGUGGGCUGCACCAAGCCCAUCACAAGUAUUGCCGGCGCCAAGUACAUCUCCUUCGAGGAGCGUCAGUGGCACAGCGAGUGCUUCAAUUGCGGGCAAUGCUCCGUUUGCCUGGUGGGCCGAGGCUUCCUCACCCAGCGUGACAACAUCCUGUGCACCGACUGCGGACGCGAGAAGUGAUCGGACACGCUCAAUGUAGCAUCGCGCUAAUGUUUACAAAAGGGAGGUAGCGCAAAUUGAAUCAAGUCUUUAAAUCGAAUCUCGCACAACACUUGAAGGCUUUUUGUCAAGUCUCACACUAGAUUUGUCUUUUCUUUACCAUUGUACUUA